ACGUCAUAUUGUUUGUGUCUAUCUUUAUCAGAAAUUCUAAUGGGCAAAAAGAAAACCCGCAAUCGUGCGAUUGAGAAAGGUCACGAAAAGAGAGACCGUAAAGAAGGCGAAAAAGUUCCAAAAGGUCUUAUUAAUGUCGGCAAUACUUGUUAUUUCAAUUCUGCACUCCAAUGCAUUUCGCGCGUUUCUGCUCUCCAGAAAUGCAUCGUGGUUAUGUCCCACGGCGGUCGUUUUGGCUAUCUCAAACGAUCUCACAAUGACGGAAACACCCAGACCCUUCGUCUCUCGCUUCCCAAGGACGAUCUGCAAUUUUCUCGAACCUUUGUUAAUUUUGUUGAAGAUCUACUUGGAUCUGGCAAUACUCGGGCUUCAAUAACUCCUGAGGGUUUACGUAAGCAGCUUGUGAGCAAUUAUAGACAAUUGAACAAUAACGCUCAGCACGACAGCCAUGAGGCCUUGCGUUGCAUCCUGGAUCGAUUGCGUUGUGAAGAGAAACGCCUUUGGCAGCGGGCCAUCUUAGAUGCAAAGAACUACAAUGCAUCAGCGUCUGAAGAAUUGAAGGAGGAAAUUAAAUCUUGGGGUCAGUGCACUGGCCUCUCCACCACCGUUGAUAGAAUAUUUGGUGGUGUUCUCCUUUCCUCUAUCCAAUGCACCAUUUGUAAAAGCGCUUCGAUUCGUUUUGAAACCUUUUUGGACAUCUCACUGCCUAUUAGUAUCGGUAACUCUGAACCCGAUUCAUAUUUUCAGAAGUGUGACUUUGAUAAGAGGAAAAAGAAUAAAAAAGGAAAAAAGUGCCGCAAUAGACGCAAUUUCGAAUCAGAAGAUAAUUUGGAUGGCCAAUUUGACGGUGAUGAAAAUCCAAAUCAUUCAGGGUUCACCGGUAAGAAAGGGAAAAAGAAAAAGACCAAGAAUAGUAAAAGUAAUACAAAGAAAUCGUCCAAGAAGAACAAAUACGGCAGAAAGCGGCGGUCAGAGAGCUCCGUCGACGACGAUGACGAUGAAGAAGAAAAUGUGAAACAAAACGAGUCAACCCAGGAGCUCGAAGAAGAAAACGAAUCGAUGCAUGGAAGUGAAGAACAUGAACAGGAGGAGGAGAAUCAAAACGGUGGUAGUGAAUUUGAGCUAAAUGCUGAAGAAGAGAAUGAUGAUUGUUGCAAUAAUGAUGAAGACGAUGAUGAUGAUAAUGAUAAUGCCUCUCUUGAACCCAAUCAUGGCAGCCUUAGCGAUUUCAGGGAUAUCAUGGUCGAUGAUUUUGAUAGCGCAAGCAAUAGGUCGACAGGGUCGCCAGAAAGUGUCAUGGAAUUCGUUGAAGAUUAUGAAGAUCAAGACGAUGAAGGAUUUCAAAAAGGCGAUGGUGAUAAACCCGACAGCCCUCUGUCAUCAGUUGAAGGUGAAAAGAACUCUCCGGCCUCAACAUCUACCGGUGACGCCGCAGAUAUGGAAGAUAAUGCAGAUGAUGUCGAUGAUUUAUCCACAAUUUCCCUUCCUAAAACAGCUUUUGAUGACGAAGCCUUCUGCCAAGAAUUCAUCUCGAAAUCUCGUUUGGCUGAAGCUGGAAAUAAGACGGCUAUAGCUCAACCGGAGGAAGAGAAGCGAGCCAAAGAACUCUCUAUUUGCAGCAUCUUGGAACAAAAUAAUAAAGACGAUCUUCUGACUGACCUGGAACGAUGUCUCAUGAAGUACUUUGAGUCGGAAGAGUUGAAAGGAGACAAUAGGAUCACUUGUAUUGAGUGUACCAAGAAAGCUCGAUCGAGCACUGUUGAUGUAGAUGUAGAUGAUUGCAGAAGUACUACAGGAAGUGAUGGCAGUGUUCGCUGUGAUUCCUUAAAACGGGAUCUUCUUCUCAAACUACCUGCUAUUCUCACAAUUCAACUCAAAAGAUAUCAAAAGAAUGGCUAUCAACUUCGCAAAUUUAAUACUUUCAUCUCCUUUCCUAUCAACCUUGAUAUUCGACCCUAUUGUUCUCGUCUAGCAUGGCUCGGCGCAGAAGAGGGUCAGUACCGAUUGUUCGGAAUUGUGGAGCAUUCGGGAUCUUUAUCCAGUGGACACUACGUCGCUUAUGUGGCUGAGAACACGGACGGUGAUAUUCCUGGGGAUUGUUUUAUCCCCACCUUGGAUAAACCUUUCCCUUGGCCUCUGAACCUUCAUCAUCUCGUCUACCAACUCCGCAGAGGUGACCAAAGUGUCCUCAACGGCGAUCCCACUUCUUCGAAUCACAGCCAUCAGGAUGACAAUCGAACUUGGCACUAUUUUAGUGAUACCUCAGUGCACAAAGUAGCCCUCUCUGAAGUGCUCAAUGCGAAACCAUAUCUCCUUUUCUAUCAACGAGUACGAUAA